CCACGCAGAGCUUCACCACCCUCCAACCAGCAAUUUGCUGCCAUUGGAUCUCUGCACGUCAUCACCUCCGUCCACACACCACAAACAAACAUGUCACCGCCCGCCAUCAUCGCGCCUUCUAUCCUGUCUGCCGAUUUCGCAGAGCUGGGCAAAGCAUGCUCCGACACCAUCAGCCAGGGCGCUGACUGGCUGCACGUCGACAUCAUGGACGGCCAUUUCGUGCCAAACAUGACCUUCGGAGCCCCGGUCGUCACCAAGAUUCGUCCCCACGUCGACCGCCCCUCUACUGCUCACGGCCAAGGCACAUUUGACUGCCAUAUGAUGAUUGCAGAACCCAAGCGGUGGGUUCGCGACUUCAAAAAAGCUGGCUGCGACCUGUACUGCUUUCACUAUGAGGCUGCCGUUUCCUCCACUGCCGCCGACUCCCCAUCGGGUACUUCAGAAGCCAAGACUUCACCCAAAGAGCUCAUCAAAUUCAUACAUGGCGAGGGAAUGCAAGCCGGCAUUGCAAUCAAGCCAAGCACAUCGGUUGACGUAUUAUGGGAGAUUCUAGAGAACCCUGUCAAGGAGGAAGUGCCAGAUAUGGUUCUCGUCAUGACUGUAGAGCCUGGCUUCGGCGGUCAGUCAUUCAUGGCUUCGGAAUUACCCAAAGUCACAGCACUACGGAAGAAGUACCCUGAACUUCACAUCGAGGUCGACGGUGGCUUGUCAGAGAAGACAAUAGACCAGGCAGCAGACGCCGGCGCCAACGUUAUUGUUGCGGGUAGCGCCGUAUUUGGAGCUGCUGAUCCAGGUGACGUUAUUAAGAAGCUACGGGAGGCUGUCAACGCCCGGAGAGGCAAGCUAUGA